UUAAAGUCGAACAAUUUGUUGUGCAACCACAGUUGUGUGAUACGAUGAUUUCAAAGUUAUUUGUAGUACUGUGCUGCCUUCUGGGUGUGGUACUUGCCGUUGAGAAAUAUUCGGACAAAUAUGACAACGUUGACUAUAAGAUGAUUCUGGAAAAUGAGAGGCUGCUCCUGGGCUACAGCGAUUGUUUGCUCGAUAAAGGAAAAUGUACCGCCGAAGGAAAAGCGAUUAAAGAAAACAUUCAAGAAGCGCUGGAGAAUGGCUGCGAAAGAUGUACUGAUCGCCAAAAACAAGGAAUUAAGGAUGUAAUAAGCUACGUAAUCAAACAUUACCCGGCAUUGUGGAAAGAAAUUACUGAUAAGUAUGACCCUGAAGGAAUCUGGAGGAAGAAGUAUGAGAAUUUUGCGAAAGAAGAGGGAAUUGCCAUCCCAUAAGACUUAAAAUAAGUCCAUGAAAUCCAAUAAGUAUUUAUUCAUCAUUUUAUU